AUGCCCGAAAACGCGUCUAGCCAGUCCCACAAGAAGAGAAAGGGGGGGAACUGGCAGAAGCACACUCCACGAUCGACUAUCGAAACUGGGGAUUGGGGAGUAUUUGUCACCUGCGAAAGGGGAAGAGAAAACAAGUGCGCUACAGAAGUCAUUGAUCUGUUUACUGAGAACGUGGAACAGCCUGGGAAGACGGAAGAGCCUGGAAAGGGCGGAGAGGAAGCUGAGUCCGACUCAGAUGAUGAUGAUAUUGAAGCUCAGAUCCGCAAAGAAAUUGAGGGCUUGAAACCAAGCACAUCAAAGAAAUCGCCAUUGUUCAAAGUCGUCAAAUUCGAGCUUCCGUGUAUAAUAUUCGUGCGAUUCGACCAAUCGGUUGAUCCUGAAAAGCUAGUACACAAGAUAUGUCUUGAUGCGCACGCCAAUCCGGAGCAAAAGCGAAGCCGCUAUAUCCAGCGGCUGACGCCCGCGCGCUCCAUCCGUAAAACCCUCAGCGUGGAUUUGGCAGAAUUUGCAAAAGAAAUCCUUAAACCAGAAUUCCACUCUGGAGGGCCACCGAAGAAGUACGCCAUUCGCCCUUCGGUAAGAGGCAACAAGAAAUUUGAUAGGGACACCAUUAUCAAAACUGUAGCGGAUGUCGUUGGUCCCGAGCAUCCGGUGGACCUGAAGAAUUAUGAUUUGGUGAUUCUUGUCGAUGUGGUUCAGAACGUCAUAAGUAUGAGCGUUGCAGAGAGCGACUAUGACAUGUUGAAACGAUUCAAUCUUGCUGAGCUCUUUAGCCCCGAAGCAGCGCCGCAAAAGCCCUAG